AUUUAGGAAAUCCAGUUUUCUGAAUUACUUCCUAAAUAAAAUAAUUUUACAACGUUUCUUGGAGGACAAGAUUGUGAAAACUUCUGUUGCUUUUUAAAUUUCUAAAUUCAAUACAGAUCUACAAGCAUGAGGGAGUAUCGAGACUAUGGAAGCUCCAUAAUUCCUAAAUUAUUUCACAUCUUUCAUGGCGAGGUUGCCAGCUUGCAAUCUUAUGGCGCAUUUGUUAAAAUCCCAGGAUGCAGAAAGCAAGGGCUUGUUCACAAGAGUCAGAUGUCCAAUGGCAGAGUUGAUGACCCAUCUGACAUGGUCACCAAAGGUGAUAUGGUUUACUGCAAGGUUAUUUCUAUGGAGGGUGAUGGAGAAAAAAUAUCAUUGUCCAUGAAAGUUGUGAAUCAGUCUACUGGGAAAGACCUGGAUCCAAAUAAUGUUCAAUCCAAUCAGGAUGAGAAAAAGCGGCGAUCUUGGAAUAAUAGAGGUCGUAGUAGAAUCGACCUUGGUGCAGAAUUGAACACAACGUGCCGGCGAUGUGGAAUGCGAGGUCAUUUGGCCAUGGAUUGCUAUACAAAGAAAGGUGACAGAGGUUAUGACUUAGUUCCUGAAGACGAUGAGUCAGGCGAUCGCUCCGAUGAUUCACAUAAGAAAAAGAAGAAAAAGGACAAAAAGAAGAAAGAGAAACGCAGGAGGUCAGACAAAAGAAAACAUUCAAGCUCAAAUUCUGAAAGUGAUAACAGCGACUCAGAAGACCAGAAGGGGAAGAAAAGCAAGAAAGAGAGAAGGGCUGAUGACAGUGAAGAUGAAGCAUCCAAGCUGAAGUACAAGAAGGCCGGUGCCUGGGAGGAUAGAAAAGAAGCUGGUGCCAGCAAUACCAAAGGUGGCAAGGCUGAGAAAAGUUACAGCAGUGAAGAGGAGGGAGAAGAUAAAGGUCCAGAUAGUGAAGAGCUUUUGUAUAAGUCCAGGGGAAGGGAAGCUGGGAGGGGGAGAAGUGACAGCAGGGAGAGAAUGAGCAGACCAGGGAAGAGUGAUUUCAUGGAGAAGGAGAGAGAGAAGAGGAAGCCGUCGAGGAGCAGCUCUGGGAGUGAUGAUGGGAAGGCAGGCGGGUCGGAUCUCGCCAGAAGAGGGGACCAAGAUGACCAGUGGUACAGGAAAAAGGAGGCGGAUGAUAAAACAAGCCCUGGUGCUCGAGACAAAGAUGCAGGGAAAUCUGGCAGCCAGUGGGACAAGGGUUACGACCAGAAGAGUUCCAGACCUGGCGGCAGUCGGGGUGCGGACGCUUGGGAUGACAGGGACAGCGAUAGAAUGGAUAGCCCGGAUAAGAAAGACAGGUGGAGCUCUCCAGUCGGAUACAAAGAGAAACCAUACAGAAGGGAGUUUGACAGGGGCGGGCGGAGAGGCUAUGAUAAUUACGGGCAAAACCGCCGAGGAGGGGAUGAUGGAUGGCAUUGGAAGAACAACUUCAGAAGAGGAGGUGGGUUUUAUAACAACAGAGGAGGUUAUGGUUACAGAGGUAGGAACAGAAGCCGAAGCCCACAGAAUUCAUAUAACAGAAGAGAUGGAGGUGGGUUUCAAGGGGUCACGAAAAGAGAUUUCAAAGGCACAGGGGGUGACAUGGAGAUGUAUGGGAGAGAUAGGAGCAGGGAUAGGAAACCGGAAGAAACCAAAGCCAGAAGAAGGACCAGGAGUAGAAGCUUCAGCAGUCGUAGCAGUUCACGCAGUACUUGAGUGUGAGGAAUGAGAGAGUGGUUUAUUGUUGUGAGAUCUGGGUUUGGCUGCACGAGAGGGAAUGUGGAUGAUGCCGAUUUAUUUCUGUGACUUGUGUAUGUUUGUAGUUCCCAUUUUUUUAGUCCCUUUUUCGUUUAAGUAUUGUAGUAGAGCACGGAUGUUCAAUUCUUAGAAAAAUGCCCCAAUAGUUAUGACUAAAUUUCAGUGCGGCAUUUGAAUUGCAGUUACUGCAACAUAUUUUAGAGGUUAAGGAAUAUGCUUGAACAUUUUAGUAAAAAAAAAAUUUAAGGCAGUCAAACAGAAAGAUUUUUUUUUAAUUAACUAAUAUAUAAUUGUGUAACCUUUUUUUUUAUGUGGGUGAGAAUUUUCUCAAUUAUCGUUUUUUUUUUGGCCCUGCUUAUGUAAAGCUUAAUUAUUCUGAAUCUUGAUUUUAAAAUAAAUAGCUUUAAUUAGUCAUUAUAAUAGACACAUUUCUACCACCCUAAGUAGAAAAAAAUCAAUUUUUAAUGUAACUAACGUGAUUAGCUUCUAGUAUAGUACAUGUUUUAUAUAUAUAUGACUAAUUUAAUGUGUUCUUAACUGGUUUUUCUAUUAUUAUGUUGCUUAUUUAAAAAUAAUGUACACAUGUAAAUUGGUUUAACCUUGUACCAAAUUAAUGUGUUUGGUAUGUUAAUAAAUAUUAUUUUACAAGUGUAAAGAACAAUGAAGUGUAAUCACACUUAAAAAUAGCAUAUGUGUUCUCUUGAAUGACACAAAAAAAAUCAAGCAUUGGCCACACAUAUCUACUGAUGUUGAUUAAGCUAAGUUUGGUUUAUCUUCUCAUGCUAAUUUUAAUCUUAUUUGGUGUAUCUUUUGAUGUUCAGUUAUGUCUUAAAUUUGACAUUUGUUUUAUAAGGGAAAACCUACAAUUUAUUGCAAUGACUACAGAAAUACUAAUAUUUUUGCUGUGUUAAUUACUUCAUGUCCAACUAUCCUAUUGCUAGGGGUUGACACUCUUAGCACAGUAUUAUUUUUUUUGUAAAAUAAAUUCAAUAUUUUAAAUUACUUGUAUAUAUGUCUCUUGUCACUUAUUUUAAACCAGGUACUUGUUACAUGGUUUAUUGCAUUUGCAGUAAAAAAAAAUCCUUUAUUUUACCAACUAAACACCUUUCUCAUUACAAAUUUGUUGUAUUUAAUACAAUUAUCAUUAAACUUGAAAAC